UCUAAUCUAAACCAUGGGAAGGGUCUUGCUGCGAAUGUUUUUCUAGGCCCAGGCAACCGGGCGUAUUUUACGAAAGAAUACAUGGACAUCUUGGAAGAUAUUAAGUCUGCGAAAGCUCUCGACGCUGCGAAGAAGAAAGUUGUUGGAGGCAGGAUGGGGGGUGUGCGAAUAUCAGACAACACCAAUGAGAGUUGUAGAUCCGAAGUCCGUUCAAGCAGUAAGACUGACGAGAUGAAGGCAUGGGUUACUUCGACCCUCGGCGAUUCCUUGAAGCUAAUCACCCAGAAACUGGAGGAAGUGGAUUCUAAAUCCAAGCUGGUGGCUACUGAGAAGGAGGAGCUAAUGCGACUUAGAGCUGAGAAGGCCGCCCUUGAAAAGGUUAAGAAGGAGGCGAGUGGCGAAAAGCGAAAGCAUGAGGUUGCUGUGGCGCCUGCUGUUGUUACGCCUGCCAACAAUGCAAAGUCCCGAUCGAGAGGAAGUUCGAUAGGGCGAUCUUGCCGAGUUGAAAUUUCCUACGAUGAGAAAGACACUGAUGUUGAUCAAGUGCGGCAGAACUUGAGCGAAAAGCUGGAGAAGAGCAGUGACUUGUCUGAGUCAGUGGUGGAUCCUGGAAAACCACCCGUCGUGGAGCACAAAAUGGAGGAGGAGGAUACUGAAGACGUGGACGUUGCUGCUAACACUCCAUUCCAUGAGGAGGAAGAGGUUGACGAGGGAGGUUUGGCCGCGUACAUGAAGAUGCGGCAGGACUUUUACAUGUCGCUGCAUUACACCAGGAUGCAGGAAAUUUGCAAGCAGAGGGAAAUUUCUUCCUUCCAGAAGAAACCAGCGACAUGGGAAUUGGCGAGGUCGCAUCUGCAAGAGUACGCUGAUCAGUUGAAUGGUAACGUUAUGAAUGGUAUCAGCGUCGGGAACAAAGGUGCUGAGCCUUCUCGCAGGACGACUCGGAGGAACAUUGAUAAUUCAGAGUCUGGAAAUGAGACGGGUGGUGACUCAAUUUCGGGGAACUGAUUAGGGAGCUUUCACACCUUAAAAAGAGCAUCAAAGCGCAUUCG